AUGGAUUCGUCCUCAGCUGGCACGAGUGGCCUUGUGACCGCUGGGGCAGCCAGCUCGUUGGCUGGCGCUAAAAAGCGGACAAAGGUGGUGUUUCUCAAUCCAGUUGAGAUUACAAAUUGGGACCAAAUUAAAGAAAAUUCGAAGCAAAAUGUAAUUGGUGAAAACGAUUUAAUUAAUUAUGAGAAAAUGCUCAAAGAUGAUGAUGCUGCCUUGAUAGCCAACAGCGGUUCCAAUGAUCAAAAGCGUCAGGGUAAAAAACGUGGACGUCCCAAAGGCAGCAGGAAUGGUGCUCGUAAGCGUCCAGUGGAUCCAAGUCAACCAUGGCUUGAAUCAAGUGAUUCAGAUGAACCUCAUUUGGGUCUUGAGGAUGAGUUAGAUGACGAUGAAUAUUUCAGAAGGUUAGAGGAAGAAAAGAUGCGUGAAGAUGCUGAGGAAGAGUCUAGAAAGCGAAGGGAAAUGGAAGCACGGGCUGCCGCACGUGCUAAUGCUCAAGGCAGAAGAGGCAGCACUAAGAAUGAUGCCUUCAUCAUGCAUCAAUACCAAACCUCUGCUUUAAACAGUUCAAAUAUUAACCAAAGGGAAUCGAGUACUCGAAACAAAAGACGAGGAGGUUAUGCAGCUUUAGCUGGACUCGUUGAUCCUAGUGAUAGUAGUGAAGAUAUCAGUGAACUAGAUGAUAAGUCUACUCGAAGUGGUUAUCAGAAAUCAUUAGAUGAUAUUCAUGAACAGAAUGAAGACGAGUUAGGGGAACUAGCGUCAUCACCUUUUCGCCAGUCUGUUUUAGAUAUGCUCCCACCACCACCUUCUCCGGGUAUCUCAUCAAAUUCUGAAGAGGUGAAUUCAGUUGUCAAGUCUGAACCUUCAGACAAUGUCAGUAGUGUUGUUGAUUCAUCAAAUGCAGCAACCAUUGCGAAUACAACAGUGACAAGCACUUCUUUGAAUGAUGCACAUACCCUGAAAAUGCUUGAAAUGGAUCCUAUUGAACUUAGGUUUCGUGCACCUCCGCUUAGCUUGCCUCCAUCAGGAAAUGAUCUUGUCUGCCCAAGGGAAUAUCUUCUUGAUGCUUUAUCUAUCUAUGAAGUGCUCCGACGUUAUGGUUCUCUACUACGUUUAUCACCAUUCCGACUGGAAGACUUUCUAGCCUGCCUCAUAUCAGAUGAAAAUUCUAAUUUACUUGCUGAAACACAUAUGGUGUUAUUGAAAGCUCUAUUACGUGAAGAUGAAUCAAAUGGAACAUCAAUGGCUCCUAUGGAUUGUAAAGAUUCUGUGAAUAUGACUUUCUACCUACUGGACAGAUACAAUUGGCCUUAUUUACUAGCUAAUUAUCUAUCCAGCAUUAAAUUAACAGAGGCUGCAGCUCGUAUGUCUGCGAUAAAUACAAUGACAGGUACUGGAAAUAUUGGUGGACCAACUAGUUCAGGUGGAGCAGACGCAGUACUUUCUGCAGCACUCUUUCCUGAUGAUCUCAUCCCGCUGAAUUCGGAUUAUCCUUUUGUUCCAAUCCAAUCGCGUAUAGCUGUUCUUCGUGGUCUUACCAAUUUAUUUUUGGCAACUGGUCAAGUUAGAGGAGAUAUUCUGCGUGAAGGUUUAAUGGCACAUGAAGAUUAUUGCCGUGUUUGUCAUCAAAGCGGAGAAGUAUUGUGUUGUGACGGCUGUACUUCUGUAUUUCAUCUGCAUUGUUUAAAUCCUCCUUUAUCAUCAGUACCGACAUCUAGCUGGAUAUGUCCAGUGUGCGUUAAACAAAAGACACCAGGUGUAACAGAUUGUUUCUCUGAAGCUGAAAAAUCUGGUGUAGCACAUUAUCAAGAACCAAUUGGUAAAGAUAGAGCUGGUCGGUUAUAUUGGUAUAUUAGUCGACGAUUAAUUAUUGAGCCAGUUGACUUUAGUCAACGUGAACCCGAAUUAAUGGGAUUUCAUGAUGGUGUUAUAGAUAAAGUAUGGGAAGCAGAAUGUGGUUGUGAGUUAAUUGAAAAAGAUGAAGAAAUGGAAGAUAGUGACACUGAUAUUGAUCCUAAUAAUGCUGGCGAAAAUAGCGGCACUGGUGCUGUGGAAAGUACACCCGGCUCAACAGUAAUAAUAAUGAAGGCAUCGACUCACCACCUUCCAAGUCAUCAAAUUGUGAUAGUCAAUCAGUGCCGGUAAAACAAAGUGAUAAAAAAGCCGAAGAACCCUCAAUGUAAUCCAUCUAUUUCAUAUGCUAAUGAACCAUGCGU